GGCGGAGGACACCGCUCGCCGCUCGCCAUUCGAAGCGGCCUGGCCGCGAGCCCCGCAACCCAAUCCGUCCGCCAUGGCGCUGUCGGUGCACGCCGCCGCCGUCGCCGUCGCCGCCCCGCGUCUCCUCCCCCCUACCCCGCUCCACCGCUCUGCUCCCGGUACGGCGCCUCCUCCCCUCCCCCUCCUCCGCGCCUUCGCCUCCCUCCGCUCCGGCCCCAGCUCCUCCCGGUGGACGCGGCGGGCGAGCGUGCGGGUGCGCGCGGGUGCCGGCGGCGGAGGCGGGCGGAGGAGGGAGUCCCCGUACGAGGUGCUCGGCGUGGCGCCGUCCGCCGCGCCCGCGGAGAUCAAGCGCGCGUACCGGCGGCUCGCGCUCAAGUAUCACCCGGACGUCAACAAGGAGGCGAAUGCUCAGGAGAAGUUUCUGAGGAUCAAGCACGCCUACAACACGCUGAUGAACUCGGAGAGCCGAUCCAAGUACGCGAGCAGCAGCAGCAGCCCUGAUUCUUGGUGGUCUCCCGGGAGCAGCAAGCCAGCUGACGCAGAAGAGGAUUUCUAUGGGUUUGGGGAUUUCCUUAAAGACCUGCAAACAGAAUUUCAGAACUGGGAGGCUGGCCUGAACUCAGAGCAGAAACCUAAAAGCUUGUGGGAAGAACUGUCAGCUAUUGGCGAGGAGUUUGUGGAGUUCCUGGAGAACGAAUUGAACAUCGACGGCUCGGGCACCGAGGAAGACGAUGGGAACGAUCCGUACACGCAGUUUGGAGGGAAAGGCGGAAAUGCUCAGGGUGACAAGAAGGGAACAAGCAGCUCCGACGAUGGCGUGUCGGACAUAGAGUCCGUCCUUGAGCAGCUGAAGAAGGAGCUCGGGCUCAGCUGAACUGACAACGAUGGCAACUGCAGCCACCGUGAUUGGUACCAGCCCGAUGUUCAUAUGGAGGUCCCCUGUUCUCCCGGAUCGGUGGCGGUAAUGGUAGGUACUACCAGAUGCUGUACUUUAGCUGGUAUAGCUUUCCGGUGGGACGACGGAUCGAGCGUUUUGCAGAAUGUUUUUGUUCCUCGUUCGUAGGGCUGCAGUUUGUUCUGGAAAGAGAAGAAGAGAAGGCGUGUGCUUCCUUCUAGUAGUACAGUUUUACGGCUCGAUUUCGACGGAAUCAUGGAUGAAGGGACAUAAUCACACCGAAAGAAGCAGCGGUUCCAUUUUUCUU